GCAUACCCUAAUGGCACCACCGGGUUAAUUUAAUCGAAAAAUAUAACCAGACCAACAUUAACGGCGGUUUGAGAUUCGGGUUGUAAACUUGUAACCAGAUUGAUGUUUUGAACAAGAGCCGGGUCUGUCUCACUUUGUUCCAGCCUCCUGAAAUUGAGAGUCUGCUUUUGCUUGGCAAAGCACAGAAGCUGCCGCAAAGCAGAGAGAGAGAGAGAGAGAUGAAGAUAGAAGAAGUACAAUCGCAAACAAAGAAGCAGCGAAUAGCCACUCACACUCACAUCAGAGGCCUUGGUCUCGAGCCAAAUGGAAAAGCAAUCCCCAUGGCCGCUGGGUUUGUGGGUCAGGCCGCAGCCAGAGAAGCUUCCGGACUUGUAGUCGAUAUGAUCCGCCAAAAGAAAAUGGCUGGAAGGGCGCUUCUACUUGCCGGACCUCCUGGAACCGGCAAGACUGCCCUCGCCCUUGGGAUUUCCCAGGAGCUUGGUACCAAGGUUCCUUUCUGCCCAAUGGUAGGAUCUGAAGUUUAUUCUACGGAAGUAAAGAAAACUGAGGUUUUAAUGGAAAACUUCAGGCGUGCAAUAGGUCUACGCAUUAAGGAAAAUAAGGAGGUCUAUGAGGGAGAGGUGACCGAGCUCUCCCCAGAAGAAACAGAGAGUGUGACAGGUGGAUAUGGUAAAAGCAUAAGCCAUGUUAUCAUUGGGUUAAAAACAGUCAAAGGAACAAAGCAAUUGAAGUUGGACCCCACUAUAUAUGAUGCCUUGAUUAAGGAAAAGGUAGCGGUUGGAGAUGUUAUAUACAUAGAAGCCAACAGUGGUGCUGUUAAAAGGGUGGGUAGGAGUGAUGCUUUUGCAACAGAAUUUGAUCUUGAGGCAGAAGAGUAUGUUCCACUUCCUAAAGGAGAGGUUCACAAAAAGAAAGAAAUAGUUCAGGAUGUUACACUGCAUGACCUGGAUGCUGCAAAUGCGCGACCUCAAGGUGGACAGGAUAUUUUGUCUCUAAUGGGCCAGAUGAUGAAGCCUAGAAAAACAGAAAUUACUGAUAAGUUACGACAAGAAAUAAACAAGGUUGUUAACCGUUUUAUUGAUGAAGGUGUGGCUGAACUCAUUCCUGGAGUCUUAUUUAUUGAUGAGGUGCAUAUGCUGGAUAUGGAGUGCUUUUCAUACUUGAAUCGUGCUCUAGAAAGCUCUCUAUCCCCCAUAGUAAUUUUUGCUACAAAUAGAGGAAUAUGCAAUGUAAGAGGAACUGAUAUGUCAAGUCCUCAUGGCAUACCUGUUGACUUGUUAGACCGGCUGGUAAUCAUACGGACAGAAACCUAUGGUCCGGCUGAAAUGAUACAGAUUUUAGCCAUUCGGGCACAGGUGGAGGAACUGCUUGUGGAUGAAGAAAGUUUAGCUUACCUGGGAGAAAUUGGACAGCAAGCAUCUUUGAGGCACGCAGUUCAACUUUUAUCACCUGCAAGUGUUGUGGCUAAAUUAAAUGGCAGAGACAAAAUCUGCAAGGCCGAUCUGGAGGAAGUCGGCUCUCUUUAUCUGGAUGCCAAGUCUUCAGCAAGACUUCUCCAGGAGCAGCAGGAUAGAUACAUCUCGUGAAUCCAUUGUACUACUGCAUUCAGACAAUAACAACAUACUACAUACUUGGCUGGCUGAGUCUUAUUUACUAGCAAAUGCAUGAAUGAAGCUUUUUUAGUUUUUGAGUUGGUAGAGGGAUGAAUAGGUUACGUGUUUUUGGUGUCUGGGUUUGGGUGCACAUGUUACUCGCUUUGACAAACUUGGGUGCACGUGUUACUCGCUUUGACAAACUUGGCCUGGCUUGCUGCUUUCAAUCUCAUCCCACUGAAGUUGCGUUUUAGUUGUUGUCUUGUACAAACUCGUGGGUAAAAUCAUAUAAAUAAUGCAUGGCCCAGCAA